GGCGAAAACAAACCCAAGGCGAAACAUUGCCCAUUCUGUCAAAACACCGCUUUCAUCGAGGAAAGUUUGUUUACAUCCCGGCCUGUGCACAAAAAUUGAAAACGGAACAGAAAGAAAAAUCUUUUAAGAAAAGAGUGAAUAAAAUAAUAAAAUAUUAUAUAUUAGAACAUACAACAGGCAGCAUCAAAAUGGUGGACCGACACGAUCAAACGUUGAUGGAUAAAUCGAUGCGAUCCGUUUUCGUUGGAAACAUUCCGUACGAAGCGACAGAAGAAAAGCUUAAAGACAUAUUCUGUGAGGUCGGUCCAGUGCUGUCGUUAAAAUUGGUUUUCGACCGCGAAAGUGGCAAACCGAAAGGAUAUGGAUUCUGCGAGUAUAAAGACCAGGAAACAGCACUCAGUGCAAUGCGCAAUUUGAAUGGGUAUGAAUUCGGUGGCCGUGCGCUGCGUGUGGACAACGCCUGUACGGAAAAAUCGCGCAUGGAAAUGGCUGCCCUGCUGCAAGGACCGCAGGUAGAAAAUCCGUACGGUGAUGAGUGCGAUCCAGCCGAUGCACCCGAUAUGAUCGCGAAAGCCGUCACAGGACUUCAACCGGACCAGAUGUACGAGCUGAUGCGGCAAGCGAAGGCCUGCGUACAGAACGAUCCCGAGGAGGCGCGAAACAUGUUGCUGGAAAAUCCGCAGCUUACGUACGCACUGCUCCAGUCGGCGGUCGUUAUGCGAAUUGUCGAUUCGCAUACGGCGCUUUCAUUUUUACACGCCCGUCACACAAUGCCACCGGUGCUGACUGAAGAUCCGAUGAGUAUUUUGCCCGGCCAUGAACCCAUGCACUCAUCGUUCGUCCCGGAUGGGCAUGGACCGAUGCAGGGCACAACGUUUCACGACAGUGACGAACGCCAUCUGCUUAACGAUCGCGCUCCACCGCUCGGAAUGGACAUAGAUUUGCGUAUGAUAGAUCCAUUUUUGGGACCGCAUCGUGCACCGGAUAUGGUACCGGGUAACGUUCCCGAGCCGGGCUUUGCACCACCGCCCGAAAUAAGACCCCAGCGUCCCGUUGAUCCACGAUUGGCCAAAGAUCCACGUUUGGAGGCCGCAUCGUCUGCAGCGGCUGGAUUGGCCUCAAUGGGUAACAAACCAAUUCCACCACCACCACCAGCAUCAGACCAUCAGACAGUAACGGAACUAGGAUCGAAAUCGAAAUCAGGUUCAACCGAUGCAUCGGAUCAGGAAAAGGCAGCAUUAAUAAUGCAAGUAUUGCAGCUAUCCGACGAACAGAUUGCCCUGCUGCCACAAGAUCAACGUGCUAGCAUCCUUGUGCUAAAGGAACAAAUUUCACGAAAUGCACCAAAAUAAGUACAAAUUAAGAGCAAAAGAAAAACGGAAUGUUAUGCUUCAAUUAAAACAAAAAUAGGUUUGAAAGGGGUGCACCUUAUUUCUUCCUAAAUAAAUUAAUGUUUUCAUAUUGAAA